AUGGGAGUGCAGCGGGGGAUGGAUCGGCGCAGUGAUUGGCUGCGGCGUCCCUUAAAGCGCGGCGCGGGGCGGGGCGCGGGGGGGUCAGUGCGGGACGUGGCGGUGGAGUGGCGGUGGGAGGGAGCGGCGCCAUGACCCGCGGGAACCAGCGCGAACUGGCGCGGCAGAAGAACCUGAAGAAGCAGAGCGACUCGGGCAAGGGCAAGCGGCGGGACGACGGGCUCUCGGCUGCCGCCCGCAAGCAGAGGGACUCGGAGAUCAUGCAGCAGAAGCAGAAGAAGGCCGACGAGAAGAAGGAGGGCAACAAGUAGCGGGCGGCCGCGCCGGGCUGCCGCCCCAGGGCCGGUCCCGC